AUGCCUUUAACGGAAUUGUUCACCGGAGUAUUGUUGAAAACCGAACUGUUACUUUUUGAGCACCAGCCGUUGAGCGAGUUGUCAAAGGUGGAUGAUUUGAAACAACGUAAGCUGUUGCUUGGCUCUUGGUUAUUUGAAAAGAAACUAAAAAAUUUGUAUACUGGUUUUGUCGAAGCUCUAAGUGUUGGUUUGGACUUUGUACCGGCAAAUCAUGAAAAAAGUAUUUCAGCUAUGUACAAACUAUUAAUCAAUAGCACUGAAUGUGAAAUGUAG